UCGAAUCAAUGAAGUCUUCAGUUGUGGCGCCAUUUCAGAAGCAGCAUCAAAGCAGAACCUGCUUAUGAAGUAAAAAAUAACAUGGGGAAGUUAAUGGUACUGACGGUUCUGGUUGCAGCUCUAGCAGUACUGAUUGGAGAGCGAUUUUUUGCACUAAGAAAAACAACACUGGCUUAUAGAGAACUCACCCAGAAUCACCUCCCUAACUGUGAACUGAUAAAAGGAAUAGAGAUUGGAGCCGAGGACAUCACCAUACUUGAAGAUGGACAGGCUUUCAUAAGCUCUGGUCUGAAGUACCCAGGGCUGCCUCGUUAUACAGACGCGCCUGGAAAGAUCUAUGUGCUAAAUCCGUCCUCUGGAGCAGAUCCAAUAGAGCUCCACAUCAAGGGAGACUUUGACACAGCAUCUUUUGGCCCACAUGGAAUCAGUGUAUAUACAGAUGAAGAAGAUGGCUCUCGAUAUUUAUUUGUGGUGAAUCAUCCACAUGAAAAUAGCCAGGUUGAAAUAUUUCAGUAUGUCGAAGAGGAAAGCACUCUAGUGCACAUGAAGACUAUAAAGCAUGAGUUGCUGCAUAAUGUGAAUGACAUUGUAGCUGUGGGAGUGGAGAAUUUCUACGCCACUAAUGAUCACUACUUCACCAAUGAGUACCUGAUGCCUCUGGAAGCGCUGCUCUCUCUGUACUGGUGUAACGUGGUGUAUUAUAGUCCUGAAGCAGUUCAUGUUGUGGCAGGAGGACUUUUUAGUGCCAAUGGAAUCAACAUCUCCCCUGACAAAAAGCAUUUGUAUGUGUCAGAUUUAAUGGAUCACAGUAUUGUUGUGCUGAACAUCCAGAAAGACAACACACUAUCCCGUGUGAAGAAAGUUGCUGUAGGCUCCCUCUGUGACAAUAUCGAAGUGGAGAGUAAAACUGGAGACUUGUGGAUGGGUUGCCACCCAAAUGGAGUCAAAUUGCUUCUAAAUGAUCCGAAUGAUCCACCUGGCUCAGAGGUCAUUCGUAUUCAGAAUAUCCACUCUGAUGAGCCAGUGGUGACUCAAGUGUACUCUGAUAAUGGCAGUGUGCUCAUAGGAUCUUCAGUGGCUACUCCGUACAAAGGGAAACUUCUUAUAGGAAGCGUGUAUCACAAAGCCCUGAUCUGUGACCUUGAGUAGAACAUCCACUUAAACAACUAACACUGCUCUGCAUCACUAAAGUGCCUCACAUACAGACGGGUGACAAAUUAAAAGAAAAACUUCAGUGUUCCUUGGCAGAGAUUCUCUUUGUCUCUGGAACUGUACUGGAGGGAUGCACACUAUUCUUUCCAAAGAUAUUUUCUCAAUUAGUGUUUUACUUAUGGUAGUGUUGGACGCUGUCUAACACAUUUCUCAUGUGUUCAGUUGGGUUAGGGGACAUUGUCAUCCUGGAAGAGAUCAUUCCCAUCAUCUUCAAUUUGUCACCCAUCUGUAGGUGUUUCCUGUGUAAUCACAGUAUUUGGUAUAUAUAAUCUCUUCUGAAUUCGCACAGACAUUUCCUAAAAGUCGAAUUAAGUAAAGUCAGUUUUUGUCAUGCCAUCGAUAUAUACAUUUUCUAUAGGCUUCUUGGCUAUAAACAGUACAGUAUAGGCUAUAUACAUAUAUAAAUGCAAAUAGUGUUAAAGAGUAAUGUUCACAACUACAGUUUUAGUGAUGUGACAAAACACUACAAAUUAUACACACUGCACACUAUACAGAAAACAGUGGCAUAAUUGUGUGAAUAACUUAACAGUGUAAACAGUUAUAAACAGCAAAACACUACUGAAUGUAGCAGCAUGUAAAAGACAAAGUUGUUGAAUAGAGUUAUUAAAAAUUAUUGCAAUAUUGCAAGUUUAAAAAGCAAAUUGUCAUUAAUAUAGACUCAAACGCUGGCUCAACUUGCUUUCCGCCUAGUGUUUCCUGGCUCAGGAUCCAAGACGACCCUGAGUGCACUUAAUAUAGAUGAAUAAAUGAAUGAAUGAAAAAGGGUCAUUUUAAAAUAGUCAUAUGGCAUACAAUUCUUAAUAAAAAAUGAGUGAAGUAAUACAAUUAUUAGUUAUUUCAAAACAACAAAUUAUUAGACCCAAAAUUUAACAUACAAAUACACCACUAAGUAGAUGCAUAAAGGCACUGAGAUUUGUAAAUUCGGUGCUAUUGAAUACUUUGUAUACUUUUCAUUUUGAGCUUUUGCCAGGCUUGACUAAGUAAUUUGAAGUUACUAUAAGACAGACAUAAAAUAUCAAGUAACAAUGAGCUUAAAUACAGUGAUGGUAAAAAGGCUUUGCUGAUUGAGGUCAAGUGAGGAACACAGCUACAGGUUCAGUUCAGUUCAGUACAGGUUGAGUAGUGCAGGUAGUUAUAAAAUGUACUUAUUUUAAUUAGAGAUAAAGAUAUGCUGAUUGUAGCAUCAGAAUAACAUUUCAGAAUAUUGAUUGUGUUGAAUAUACAGUCAGAAUAUUGAUUAUAUUCACUGUGUUUUGUUUGAUUGGUUUUACAGCUGACAUUGUGAAUUUUUUUGUACUGUGAAUUUUAAGAGGUUAAAAUGUGUUCCACAAUGUUAUGUUCAAAUAAACAGUAAUGACUAUU